AUGGACGCAUCGGCGACGACGCAGAAGCGCAAGUGCCCCGACAAGGAGGAGACGGCCGGCAUGUGCGCCAACGGCUGCGGCUUCUUCGGCGCCGCCGCCACGGGCAACAUGUGCUCCAAGUGCUACCUGGACCACGUCGUCAUCGGCACCGCUAACACCGUGGCCGCCUCGACGGGGCCUCCGGCGAAGAAGGCCAAGAUGAUCGUCGCCGUCCCGUCCUCUGAUGGUGCGGCCGCCUCCUCCACCGCCGCCGCGGCUGACUCCUCCGCGAGCUCCGUGAAGCAGCCGCCGGUGGCGGCGAACCGGUGCGCGACGUGCCGCAAGAAGGUGGGGCUGCUGGGGUUCCGAUGCCGUUGCGAGGGCACCUUCUGCAGCGUGCACCGCUACUCGGAGAAGCACGACUGUGGAUUCGACUACAAGACCGCCGGCCAGGAGCAGAUCGCCAAGCACAAUCCGGUCGUGGUUGCGGACAAGAUCACCCGAAGGAUCUGA